GAAUGUGCUCUCUGCUCUGCUCUGCUCUGCUCUUCUCUUCUCUUCUCUUCUUCCACUUUAUAAAAUGUCCAUCUUUUUCUGAUUCCAAAUGUUUGUUUGUGUUCCUCACACACACACCCCACACAAACAUACUACUAUUACUCACUGUUCCCUUCUCCCUAUCUCUCUGUAUAGAAAUUGUCAUUAUUGUAAAAGAUGCCGACAGUGGAGGAGCAGAAGUUGAUUACCAUGAACAAAGACGUGAUCCGUUUGGAGAGAGAAUCGGUCAUUCCAAUCCUCAAGCCCAAGCUCAUCGUCCACUUGGCCAACCUCAUCGAACAUAGUUCUGAUCGUGCUGAAUUUUUGAAACUCUGCAAGAGAGUGGAGUACACAAUCCGAGCUUGGUACAUGUUGCACUUUGAGGACCUCAUGCAACUGUAUUCCCUCUUUGAUCCUGUCCAUGGCACUCACAAGUUGGAUCAGCAGAAUCUAUCUUCUGAUGAAAUUGACAUUCUUGAACAGAAUUUCUUGAGAUACCUGUUUCAGGUCAUGGAAAAAAGUAAUUUCAAGAUAGCCACUAACGAAGAGAUUGAUGUUGCACAUUCAGGGCAAUAUCUCCUCAAUCUUCCAAUAAUGGUUGAUGAAUCCAAGCUUGAUAAGAAGCUUUUGAAAAGAUUCUUUGAGUCUCACCCUCGUGAGAACCUCCCGGAUUUUGCCGAUAAGUACAUAAUCUUCCGCCGUGGGAUUGGCAUUGAUAAGACAACUGAUUAUUUUUUCAUGGAGAAAGUUGAUGCAAUCAUUGCACGUUCCUGGGCCUGGAUUUUAAGAAAGACCAGGUUGGAUAAGGUUUUUUCUAGGAAGCCAAUUUCACGGCAUAAGAAGGAUCGCAAGGAAGAUGAUGGAAUCAUUUCUGAAGUAGAAGAUGAUGGAUUAUAUGUUGAACGAAUUCGUCUUGAGAAUAUGGAUCUCAGUUUCCGCAAUCUGUUGAGUCAAAUUACAAUUCAAGAACCCACAUUCGAUAGGAUUAUUGUUGUCUACAGGCGAGCAAGUUCUCGAACAAAGGAAGAACGAGGCAUAUAUGUGAAGCAUUUCAAACACAUCCCUAUGGCUGAUAUGGAAAUUGUCCUUCCAGAGAAAAAAAAUCCAAGUUUGACACCGAUGGACUGGGUUAAGUUUCUUGUAUCUGCAGUAGUUGGACUGAUUGCUGUUGCAGGAUCUCUUGAAAUGCCGAAAGCUGACCUGUGGGUCAUGUUUGCUGUUCUUUCCACAGUGAUUGGUUACUGUGCUAAGAUUUACUUCACGUUUCAACAGAAUAUGGCUACAUAUCAGAAUCUAAUCACACAAUCAAUGUAUGAUAAGCAAUUGGAUAGUGGACGGGGUACUCUUCUUCACUUGUGUGAUGAUGUAAUUCAACAAGAAGUAAAGGAGGUCAUAAUUUCAUUUUUCAUAUUGAUGGAACAAGGGAAAGCUACUUUGGAGGAUCUUGACCGGCAAUGUGAAGAAUUAAUACGUGAUGAAUUUGGUCAACAAUGCAAUUUUGAUGUUGAUGACGCAGUCGACAAAUUGGAGAAAUUAGGCAUAGUUUGUCGGGAUACAAUUGGAAGGUAUUACUGUGUGGGACUAAAGCGUGCUAAUGAGAUCAUAGGCAUGACUACUGAGGAACUUGUUCUGAAGGCUAAACAAGGCUCCGGUUCUGCUUGACCUCAUGGGUGAAUUAAAGCAUAUCUAGGACUGCAUUUCCUACCUGAAGUUUGUUCUUUCUUUUGGCGCUUUGUUAUAUUUGAAGCUUUUGCUGAAGUUGUCUCUUCUAUUUGAGUAGUUCUUAAUAUUCGUUCUAUUUGUUCUUGUAUAUCAAAGACCAUGCUUGGUAGUAAUCUGCAACUGAAUAGAUAACACUAUAAGUAACCUUUCCGAUUCUACA